UUAGCAAGCCUCAAGGAUAAGUUACUAGGGCCAUAUAGAAUCUUCUAUUUUUUUAAAAAAGCAAAUACAACUCUCCUCCCUGGAAUUAUACCACACUGCCCUCAAUGCCAGUGAAGUUUUCCUCUGCCCUGUAGGUAGGUUUUUGUGUGACCUCAGAAGCAGGAAACAGAUCGAAAGAUCACUAAGUUGUGGGUCAAAAAGUAUUUUUCAUUCUCAGAUGCGUCCUUUUGUUGCAAAGACUGUGAAAUUCCUCCAGAGAGGAAAGCGAUGAAUUUGGAAGAAAAAUCCCGACAUAACUAUUUUCCGCCCUAAGGAAACAGCCUCACUUUCCAAUGUGUGAAUGCAUUUUCCACUGCAUCCCCAGGGGUAUGAGGGUUUCAAGAAGUUUGCACUGUGCGGCUGUAUUCUCUAAGCCCCCAAGCCCCACUCCCUCCCGGACCAUUCUCUAGGGUCCCCGCAUGUUUCCAGAAACAAAUCAAGACACCGACAAGAGCUCUGCCUGGUAUGAAUAAUAGAAAAAUGAGCCACUCUGUGCAAGGAAGUUGGUGGAAGGUGGGAAGCAAGCAGGGAGAGAAAGAGGGGACCUCAGAGACGCAUCUGCAAGACGGACACUUCGCUCAGUGUCGUUUCUGCAUUUAUGCCUCUUUAAUGGUCAGCGGGGCAAUCAAUAGAUUACCUGCUACCGGGUCAGUCAUGGGUCUGUUGUGGGGUGGCAACGGGCAUCCUGGCUGUGGGGUCCAAGGGAUGAUAAAAAGACCAUUGGACGUUGACUGCUACUUUCCUUUCUCUUUCUCCAGGGCAGCCACCGAAGUUUUGGCAGCACUACUGAAAUCCAAGUCGAACAGCCGCAGGGCGGUGAAUCGAGGCUACGUCACCAGCUUGCUCAGGCUGCACCAGGACUGGCACGGCCACGACACAGCCAACACCUACGUGCACGUCCGACGGGGCUUACUGCUCUGCCUCAGGCACAUUGCUGCCCUCCAGUCUGGCAGGGAGGCCUUCCUGGCAGCACAGGGCAUGGAGAUCCUCUUCAGCACCACACAGAACUGCCUGGGCGACAAGAGCAUGGAGCCCGUCAUUUCUGUGGUGCUUCAGAUCCUGAGGCAGUGCUACCCUAAGAGUCCUCUACCCUUGGUCACAGCCAGCAGUGCCUAUGCCUUCCCAGUCCCCGGGAGCAUUGUGUCUGAACCUCCACAUGAUCUACUUGAAGAGGAUUUUGAAGAUGAUGGUGAGGAGGAGGUGGACAAAGACUCUGAUUCUGAAGAUGGAAAAGUGGAAGAUGAUGACUUGGAAACAGAUGUGGACAAGCUGAGUUCCAAACCUGGUCUGGACCGGCCUGAAGAGGAGCUGAUGCAGUAUGAGGCGAUGUGUCCUGAGCUCUCCUGCAGCUCUGAGGAACUGGAGUCCAAACCUAGAGAUGAUUUGAACCCUGAAAAGACUGAGUUUGCCAAUCACCACCACAUUCCGACGGCUGCCUCCUCAAAGCAGCAUUGCUUCAACAAGGACCAAAGUUCCUGUGGGCAAGAAAGAGAAGAUGCUGUCCGGUCACCUCUUCUGUGUAUGGUGAAGGCGGGAAGGUCCACUGCGCUUCUGGGAUCCAAAGGAAAGCCUGUAGUGAACCCGUACCAAAAUGUGCAAUCCAAUCAUCUCGGGAGAGAUUCUUCUGAAAGUGAAAUCUCUGACAUUCAGCAUUCCCUGAAAGCGGAUGCCUGGGAGGUAGAUGCAGUUUUCUGCCAAAGGAUGGAUGCCUCCUUCUCCAAUUCCAGUAGGACUGCAGAAACUGUCCAAGUAAUAGAUAAGCUUCUGCAGACACAGCCGAAGCGUGUCCCUUUCCACGAUCCCUAUCUUUAUAUGGCCAAAGCCAGAAGAACCAGCUCUGUGGUGGACUUCAAGAUGAUGGCAUUUCCUGAUCUCUGGGGACACUGUCCCCCUCCUGCCACCCAGCCCAUGUUGGAACGCAAAUGUGGAGUCCAAAGGAUCAGGAUAUUUGAGGAUAUUCGGAGGCUCAUCCAGCCAAGUGAUGUUAUAAAUAAAGUUGUCUUCAGUUUAGAUGAGCCUUGGCCUUUGCAAGAUAGUGCUUCCAAUUGCUUAAAGUUCUUCUCCAAAUUUGAAUCAGGAAACCUUCGCAAAGCCAUCCACGUGCGUGAGUUCGAGUAUGACCUGUUGGUCAAUGCGGAUGUGAACAGCACCCAGCACCAGCAGUGGUUCUACUUCCGGGUGAGCGGUAUGCAGGCGGCCAUCCCUUACCGCUUCAACAUCAUCAACUGCGAGAAGCCCAACAGCCAGUUUAAUUAUGGGAUGCAGCCUACCCUGUAUUCCGUGAAGGAGGCUCUUCUUGGCAGACCCACCUGGAUACGGACAGGCUAUGAAAUAUGUUAUUACGAAAACCACUAUCGCCAGAGUAGAGCUGCUGCAGGUGGAGCAUCUGGAAAGUGCUACUACACCCUCACCUUUGCUGUCAGCUUCCCACACGAUGAGGAUGUCUGCUACCUGGCCUACCACUACCCCUAUACCUACACAGCCCUCAUGACUCAUCUUGACAUUCUGGAAAAGAGUGUCAACCUCAAGGAGGUCUACUUCCGGCAGGAUGUUCUCUGCCAGACGCUGGGAGGGAAUUCGUGUCCCUUGGUGACCAUCACGGCCAUGCCCGAGUCCAACAGCAAUGAGCAUCUAGAGCAGUUCCGACAUCGCCCAUAUCAGGUGAUCACCGCUCGAGUUCAUCCAGGAGAGAGCAAUGCCAGUUGGGUGAUGAAGGGUACCUUGGAGUUCCUGGUCAGCAGUGACCCUGUGGCGAGGCUCUUGAGGGAAAACUUCAUUUUCAAGAUCAUACCCAUGCUCAACCCAGACGGUGUCAUCAACGGCAACCACAGAUGCUCGCUGAGUGGGGAAGAUUUGAACAGACAAUGGCUUUCUCCCAGUGCUCAUCUGCAGCCAACGAUUUACCAUGCCAAAGGACUCCUCUACCACCUGAGCAGCGUUGGCCGGAGUCCCGUGGUUUUCUGUGACUUCCAUGGCCACUCCCAAAAGAAGAAUGUGUUCCUUUAUGGCUGUAGCAUCAAGGAAACCUUGUGGCAAGCAGGAUGCACUGUGGGCACAUCUACUGUCCUAGAGGAUGUCACCUACAGGACUCUUCCCAAAAUCCUUGAUAAACUAGCGCCAGCAUUCACAAUGAGCAGCUGCAGCUUUCUCAUCGAGAAAUCUCGAGCCUCCACUGCCCGGGUAGUGGUGUGGAGAGAGAUCGGGGUGUCCAGAAGCUACACCAUGGAAAGCAGCUACUGCGGCUGUAACCAGGGCCCCUAUCAGGGUCUACAGUUUGGUACCAGAGAACUGGAGGAGAUGGGAGCCAUGUUCUGCUUGGGCCUCCUCACCCUGGAGCUCAAAUCUGCCAGCUGCAGCCAUCAGCUCCUCACUCAAGCUGCAACUCUGCUGAGUGCUGAGGAGGAGGCUCUGGACCAGCACCUCCAGCGGUAAGAUGCUCCCAAGGGCUCAGAAAAAUCUGGACCUUGGUGUUUCCAUUGCUGAAUAUCUGAGUAAUGAAAGUCGAGUGGACCUAGGGGGUCUUUACACAGAGACAAUAUGGAAGAACUGCCAAGUAAAGGUAGGUGCAGUCACGCUGUACUGGAUGACCCAUACCAGGGACAUCCUUGUUUCCUGCUGAUGAUAAAGAGGACACUGCCUGUUUGUACACACAUAUGCAAAUAUAAAACUGUAUGUAUUUAAAUAUAUUUCCAGUUAACACAUUUUACUUAUGAUAAAGAUGUGGCUUGGUGACACACACAGAUAUCUACAUGCACUUAUAUUUGCCAGUUAUGUGUUUAUAUGUAUACAGAUAACAUUUUUGGAGCCAUUACUCAGCAAAAAAAAAAAAAAAAAAGCAGUCAAAUUGACAAUAUCUAGGCACCUGGAGACAAGAAAUGUUUUACUCUUCCCAUCUUCAAACAGCAUCAUUCCUUCUUGGAAGAUGAAGAAAACCACCUGGAGAUGAUUAACGCAUUGGCUCAGAGAACCGGACUCCCAGCCAUGGCAGGGAAAGGCUGGAUCUCUGAGAACCGUGGGGAUUAUUAAUGAGCCAAGUGAGGGAGAACAGUUGUCCAAAUGAGCCCUUUUGAUUUUCUUUCCUGUAGAAGAAUAUUUUAGACUUGACCAAAACAAAUUCAGGGGGCAAGAGGGGAAGAAAUAAUGGGCAUGUGAGAGGAGAGGGGGUGGACAGGACUCCAAGAAGCCCAAGUGGGCUCAGUCAUUGCCCACCCUUUGAGUGUCAGAAUGGAUGGGGAAAUUGAGCUGUUGGGGAAGUGUCUGCUGGUAAAUGAGGAGGCAUCUGGUCAUGCAGUUCAUGUCCAAAGGCAGACAGCAAGCCAUUAUCAAAACUGAUGCCAUCUUAUUUCUGGCUCAUUUUCAUGAAUUUUCCUCCUGCUCCUGUUAGGCUGCCGUUGUCGUGUGACUUCUUACUGAGUGGCUAGUGAAGCCUAGAAAGACCUAGCAGUGUGCCUUAAUACUGCAUUGGAAGGCUCUGGUUUUUCUGAAACUUCAUUACCUAAAUGCAAUAAUUAACUUGCUCAUCACACCGGGCUGUAGAUCAUAGACUAUAGAAACUUAAAUGAGUACAGGGUUCUUUUCUCCAUAAGUCUGAUGCCACUGAUAUAUUUUGACAUCACAGCCACUUCUGCCUGCCCCUGCUCCUUUCAACACUCCUCAGUGUCUGAAGGCUUCAUGUGUUUGGUCUCACUGAAAACACCAAAGUGUUUUCAGACUCUUCCUCUGACAACAAGCGCUUCCACCUGCCAGUAUGUAUAUUUCAACUUAUCUUUUCCUUUAAGCCAUCUUGGGUGUAGGCAUGCCUGAAUUUUCUUUCUUUCUUUCCCCUUUCCCCGCUCUCUCCUCUGCCGCUCAUUGAGGGAAGACUGAGCAGGACUGGCUUUGCUUGCUUUCGUCCAAUUGAUUGCGCCCGCCUGUUUGAUCCAAUGCAGUGAAGAUUAGUUGCCUGCAAACUGGAACAAAAAGAAAUCUAUCAAAGAAACGCCUUUUCUAAUUCAAGUCUAAAGAAUUUGAUGUCAGGCUUCAAAUACAGUGGCUGCUCUAUAGGUUAUCAUAAAGAGCUAGUAUUAUUUGCCCCCACCCCUCCACACCAUUUCACACAGCCGUGAGUUUUUUCACUGCAUCCUGUCCAAGGGUAUUGAAGCUAGAGGUCCUCCCAUGACCUCUGACCCUUCCUAGGCUGGUGCAGCUUCCUAAAGGCAAGAUACCUGAAAACAGGGUGUGAUUAAUAUGUCUACUUUGAAUAGAUUUGAAUUAAGUUUGACUGGCAUGGAGUUUGGUGGAGAUCAGCAGGAAGGAAACUGCCUGUUUCACCCAGACAUUUGUAUGGUAAUAUAUUUUCCUAUUUGUUACGAAGCAGUUGACCACACAGAUUGUGAUUCUUGCCCAAAGGACCUAAAGACUACAUGGUUGAGAGGGCAAUUACCCUGAACAUUGCUUGACCCCCAAAAAUAUUCCAGCCAAUAAGCUUAUGGUCAUGAAAAGAUGACACAGAGAACAUUUAUAAAAUGAAAUCUACUGGUUUAAAACCAUCAACAGGUUUUGAGUAGCAUUUGAUUAGUUUCUGAUGAAUAAAGUUAAAUCCUGAGAUGUAAUAAUCAGCAGAGUGAAACCUAAGAAUUUUGUUAGUAUCAGGAUUCUUACUGUAAUACAAAGAAUGUAGCCAAUGUUUGUCAACACAAAUCUGUGUAUGUUUUAAAGAGGAAACCUCUUCCACCCUCCUCCAUUCCUGCCUCUUUCUUUAGCAUAACAGGGUUUCCAGCAUCCUAUAAGCUUUGUGUUGUUGUUGCAUAGAAGAAAUUAUGAAUAACAAGGUGGGUGAGGGGCUCUGCUCCAAAGGUCUGCCCUAAAGAAAUGCAAGGAUGUGGUACUGCAUCCUCUCCUAGGUCCGCAGACAGCCUUAACUCCUGGGGGUGAUCAGCCAGGAAGACAAAGUGUGGCUGCACACUGUGGACAUCAUGUUUCCUGACAAUAGGUUUCAUGCCUCAUUUACCAUAAAAACAAUUAGAGUGUAGUCAGCAUCCACAGAGCAACUCACCAUUUCUCAAGAGCAGAGGACGGGCAGAGAUAGCGGAUGUUUGCCUGGUGGCUGACGCUUAAAAUGAAGUCCAUGCGUGCUUUGUGGUGGAUUUCCUUCGUCAGCCCUCUUCUUCCUAGUUGCUCAUUUCAGAAAUGUCUGCGUGCUCCUGAAGGCGUCUUUUGAUAUUUCCUUUCCUCUUCCUUUCUCCUUCCUCUCAAUCUUAUUCCUGGAAAUAAUGGUGUGUGCACUGCAGGAAUGCUAAGCUGCUUCUUCAGAGGAGCUGUUUAUCCAUUGUGACAGGUCUUUUGCAAAGUCAUUUAAGUUGUGCCGAGUCAGCCACUGUUUGUCUGGAUUUGUAUCCCUCCACUGCCUCUUGGUCUUCUCCGUCGAGCCCCCACCUCCAUUUGUCCCUCCAUUAAUAACUAGAGAAAGCUAAAGCUCAGCAAUGACUCAAUACCCUCCGUGUUCUCCGAAAUUAUAGUCCUGUGUGCUUUAGCCAGGGCUCACCUUCGUACCUACAUAAACUAGGUUUGUUUGGUAAAACAACACUAAAAGAAUAAAAAUUAGACAUAGAUCUUAGAAAAAAAUGUUUGAUAAUUCAAAA